ACGGCCAAAACAUCUUUUUAGUUAGGGUUUUAGCAUCCACAUACUUACCAUAUUAGAUACGCACCGUUCUUAUAUAUUGUCCCAUAGUCAUCAGCCGUAUUAUUGCUAAUUUAGGCCAACGCUUGUAAACAUCGUCAAUGGGAGACCAGGAGGAAGCGAGGCCAACCAAGAAGGCACGCGGGUCCUCGCCGCCGCCCGCCAUGGGCUCCGGUAGCCUGACGGCGUUCGCGCUCCAUAUGGCUAAGAAGCUCGCUGAGGGUGACGACACCAGGGACAGCAACAUCGCCUUCUUGCCGCUGUCGCUCUAUACCUCGCUUGGUCUGGUGGCCGCCGGAGCCUGCGGCAGAACCCUGGAUGAGCUCCUAGCCCUGUUCGGCGCCACAUCGACUGACGAGGUUGCCAGAUUCGUACAAGGCCUUACCGCUGACCCAUCUGGCUCCGGUGAGACGAUCAUCACCUACGCCUAUGGUGUGUUUCACCAGAAACACAUGAGCGCACGCCGGACUUUCUCCACACCGCCACUGAGUCCUAUAGCGCUAAAAUAUGCGCCGUCGACUUUGCUAAGGAUGCGGCCAGGGAGGAGACCAGGAAGGGGAUCAACAUGUGGGCGGCGGCGGCGACGAACAAUCUCAUCUCGGAGAUCCUGCAGGAGGGUUCAUUGACCAACCUCUUGAGGUUCGUGCUCACCAACGCCAUCUACUUCAAGGGUGCGUGGGAGAUCCGCUUUCCCAAGAAUCUCACUGAAGACCGCGAAUUCCACCGCCUUGACGGCGCUUACGUUGUUGAAGUCCCCUUCAUGACCCUGCCAGGAGAAUGCCUGCUCUUCGUCUCAUACACUACAGAAAAAUAUACUUCCGUGAUGAUACAUGUUUGUCACAGUA